AUGGAGAGCCUUCUCAAUAACAACAGCUCCACCUCCACCACUGAGCCCCUCCUGCCCCUUUUGAACCCUGACCCAACCAACUGCAGCGCCUGGGACCAGCGGUGGGGGGCACCAUACCUGCACAGGUUAGCCCACCUUGACAUGCAGCUCUACCAAGACUUCUACUUUGUGUGGGUCACUCUCAUGGUGUGUAACUGCCUGAUGCUGGUGGUCGGUGUGGUCCUCAACUCUCUGGCUCUCUAUGUCUUCUGUGGAGCCUCCACCAACUCCUCUGCCUCUGUGGUUUACACCAUAAACCUGGCUGUAGCUGACCUGCUGGUGGCGCUGUCACUGCCCGCUCGCAUCGCUCUGUACCACAGUGGAGGGAGCUGCUUGGCCUGCUCCUACGUUCACACCUUCAGCUACUUUGUCAACAUGUACUGCAGUAUCCUAUUUCUGACAAGUAUCUGCGUAGAUCGGUACCUGGCUGUCGUACAUGCAUCCAGCACUCUCCAUCGAUGCAGGACCCCGGGAACUGCCAGGUGUGUCAGCGCCACAGUUUGGUUCACUGCAGUUGUGGUCACCUACUCUUUCCAGACCACAGCGUUGGAGUUCAGCUCCUCCUGUGUGCUCCUUCCUGCCCUCUUCUACCUCACCAUCCUGGAGUUCCUGCUCCCCCUGUUGGCCGUGGCGGGCUUCACUCUGCGGGUCGCCUGUUUCCUCUCCUGCAGCCACGGCCUGGUGCCCCAGCAGAGCAGGGCGAGGAGGGCCCGCGCUGUUAGGCUUCUGGCCACCGUCCUGGUGGUCUUCACUAUCUGCUUCACGCCGUUCCACGUCCGCCAGGUGCUGGUUUACUUCAGGGUGAAGGUCGGAGGGGAGGGGCUUGAUCAGGGGCCGGGGCAUGUGCUUGCCUAUCAUAUUACAGUGACCCUGAGCAGCCUGAACAGCUGCCUGGAUCCAGUGGUUUACUGCUUUGUGACUGACAGCUUCAAGAGAGUGUGGGGGAAGAGAAGGAGAGGAGCGAGGGAGAGGGACGGGGAGGCAGGGCACACCAGUGGGGAAGAAGGGGAGAGGAAUUCAGUGAGUAAAUGUCCAGGUACGGCUCUGGCUUUAGCUCACAGCGUGGUCACACUCACCUUCACCAGCUCCCCCCUCUCUGCUGCCAACAUGGAACAGUCCACUUAA